CCCCCCCUCUAGCUUAGUUCUCUCUCUCUCUCUCUGUCUGUUCAGUUAUUUUGGAACCCAAAAUUUCUUUUUCAAGCUGGAGUUUCAGACUUUUUCUUCUUUAGAUAAGCUUAUUCAACCACCCAAGUUCAAAGUUUUAGACUGAUCUGGGUAAAGUUGAAGCUCUUGUAGUUUAGGUUGGCAGUUGUCGUUUUACGUAAACAAUUUUCCGUCUAGGUAGAUCAAAUUUCCUUUUUUUUUUCCUACUAAAAUUUGAGUGUUUUUUGGUGCAACUGCAAUAAGAAAGAGGGUACUCAAAUCUCAAGUUUUUUGCUGGAUUUGUGUUGCCUAUUGCGUUGCCCAGAAUUACUCAGAUUGUGAAACUCACACAUCUUUUUAGUUAGUAGAAGUCCUUCAAGGGGUCCUUGCUCUGAGUGAGCUAAGAGAAAGUUUAUUUGUUGGCUUACGUUGAUAUAAAAGGCCCCUGUCAAACGGAGCCUUUACUGAUUCUGCAUUUUGUUGAUUCGAGGAAUUCCUAUCUGCAUAUCCGAGGAAGUUUGGUCCUGCAUUUGGUUCCAGUUCCUGUAGAACUGAGCAUUUAGAAUCAUACAUACCACAGGACUGAGAAUGGGACCAACGGCACUGCCGCCUGGUUUUAGAUUCCAUCCAACUGAUGAAGAAUUGGUGGGAUAUUACUUGAAGAGGAAAGUGGAUGGGCUCAAGUUGGAGCUUGAAGUCAUUCCAGAGGUUGAAUUGUACAAAUUUGAUCCAUGGCAGUUACCAGACAAAUCUUUCCUUCCAAAGCGAGAUCUGGAGUGGUUCUUCUUCUGUCCUCGUGACAGGAAGUAUCCAAAUGGCUCACGUACGAAUAGAGCUACCAAAUCAGGUUAUUGGAAAGCCACUGGAAAAGAUCGUCACAUACCGUGCCAUGGUUCUGUUACAGGCUUGAAGAAAACCUUGGUUUUCUAUCUUGGAAGAGCCCCUCUGGGAGAUCGUACUGAUUGGGUAAUGCAUGAAUAUCGUCUUUACGACGCUUCAACUCAAGGGUCUUCAAUUGUGGAGAGCCCUUUUGCCCUCUGCCGGAUUGUCAAGAGAAAUGAAGGCCAAAAGACUGGUGAUCAACUUGCCGAUGCCAGAAAGAAGAGAAGCAUGGCUUCUGUAAUGAAUGAUUCUAACCCCGUUAGAAUAACAUCUGGAGAACGGAGACUGUUUUCAUUGGAGAAAUCUCAGGACAUGCAUUCUCAUAAAGGAAGUUGUGAUACAAGUCCCAGAGCAUCAACCCUGCAUAUAUCUGAGAUGGGAGUUGACCUCGAGACAUUUGGAACUCCUAAAACACAUAACGUCUCGAGAGAUCUUUCACGCAACACGUCAAAGGUACAUGACUCAUUGAAAGAUCAAUGUAUCAAAAAUUCGGUGAACAUGUGGCAACCCGCUGAUACAAUGGGUUUUCCAAUUUUUCCAUCUGAAAGGGACUACACUUUGGAAAAUGAAUCGAGUAACCUUGAUCUGGGUGCAUAUUAUAGUCAGGGUGAACUUAUGACACCAUGUUCUGGUGAAUUUACCAGUCCGCAGAUGUUUGAAUAUGAUGGCUUUCUGUACCAGACGCUUGAGAUCCAUGAGCACCACAGGGAUCUGUCAUCUCAAUUCAUGGUCACUCCAUCAAUUUGCAGAGAAGCCAGUCUUGAUGGGAAUUUUGGGGAAUCUUGCAGUUUGUGGCUUCAAGAAGAUAGCAUUGCAGUUGUUUGAAGUUUAUGUCGAUGCAAGAUCUUGAGAGUCCAAGUUUAUUUCUGUUCUACUAAUCAUGCAAAAUGAGGUCUCCUCGCAAUCUGCUUUUAGAGGUUGUUUUGGAGAAAGCAACUUAGUUGCCCAUCCAUGACUAACAUCAUGGACUAGCCCAAUGAUCCGUACAAUCAGUCUUAAAUAAAACCCUUUAGUGUCACGCCAUCAGGAAUCAGUUUAUAUAUUAUGUUUGGUUGCAUCUAAAUGUACUAUGAGAUCUUAUGAUGUAUGAAUUCCAUUACUUGCCUGUGCUUA